AUGGAGCUGCCUUGCUGCUCCCUCCAGCGCCCGAGCCUCCUCCUCUGCUUCGCCCCCUCCUCUGCUCCCUCAGCCAUGGCGCUCCGCCGCCCCUCGCCUGGACCCGUCAAGCCCCGCCACCGGCUUGUUGCUCUGCUCGACCCCGACCUCGCCGGCUUCGCGCGCCUGCUCGCAUCCAGCCCCGUGGCCCGGGAGCUGGCCGUCGCGCCGUUCCCCGACCUCCACCAUCCCGCUUCGAGCUCUGCCCUCACCGCGUCCUCCCUCUGCCUCCUCGCCAUGGCCGCCGCGUCUCCCUCUGCAGGGCCAGGCCGCACCGCACGUCCUCCUCGUCAAGCCCCCGUCGCCCGAGCGCACGAGGAGAGGAGCUCCUCGAGCACCUGCGCUUGCAUCCGCUCGUUCCCUCCGUUUUGGUCGGAGUUCGCCGGAGCCCGAGCACCGGCCGCCUUGCACCCGCGAGCACCACCACCUCCAGCGCGCCGCCGUACCUCCGCCGCCCGGCGACCUUCUGCAUCCACCUACAGCAACUCUCCCUGCGACCUCCUCUUCAUCACCGCCUCGUGCCGUCCCUGCCGACUCCGACCAGGGAGCCCCGCCGCUCGCCUGAGUGUGGCAGCCGCCUCCUAUUCGUGCUGCAUCGUCUUGUUCGCAGGCACUUCCUUGCCACAAGUGCUCCUGACUGAGACCCUCAAGUCAUCUACACGGAGCCCAAGUCCGAAGACUACCGUGGACGUGUGCCUCGUGUCACCUGGAUCGUCAAGUACCGUCUCCGGGAUUCACCAAGUACCACGACGUCGGUGUCCCUCCAAGUGUGAUGUUGGAACAUGCAUAGCUGCCGUUGCCGAAGACUCGGGUAGCGAAAACGCCAAGUUCCUCUCCGCCGUGAACCACUACUUCCACAACAUGUCGUGUACGACUACCGUCGCUCGGAUUCGACAAGACAACGUGUACCACGACACUGGCGACAUGAACAUCUACGAAAUGUGUAUGACUAUAUGA